CCCCAAACAAAACAAAACAAAACACAAAAAACUAUGAAAAAAACUGGAACAAUCGACCGUUAUAAAUCUUGCUCAUGCUCAUGACAAAGCUUACAAUAAUCCAUUUCAAGAACUUUGCGAGAACACACCUAUUGGCCGUAAUAUCGGAUCUGAGUGUAGACACGGACGGGACACAGAUCCAAAGAAACGAAGCAACUGCGGCACAAAGAGAGACUGUGGACCUUGUGUUGCGGACAGAAAAUCAACUCUUGUGUUGUCACCGAAGAAUCCUUUAACAUGCUUUUCUCAUGGCUCACCUUGUUGGCUGUAAUGGCAUCAGGUUCCGCUAUCACUCUCAAUGAUUGCCCUGCUGCGCUACCCAGAGACAAGUACUUGCAAGUCCACGGGGAUUCCUGCUUCCGGUUCGUCUUGACCCAUUACCGCUACUUCUUCGAUGCGGAGAGAGACUGUGAACACGAAAAAGGCACACUAGCCUUGGUGAAGACUUUUGAGGUCCAGGAAUAUCUGGCAAAGGAACUGGUCAAUACCUACGGUGUGCUUAAAAACACUAAGGUGUGGAUUGGUCUAAACGAUUUCGCUAAGGAAAACCAGUUUGUGUGGGAGGACGGAACAAAGCUCGUUCCUUCAGCAUACUCAAAUUGGGCACCUGAUAAUGGUCCUCGGGAUGGUUUGAUUCAACAUAAUUUGGAAGACUGCGUGUCAAUAGACGUCACUACCCACAAAUGGCACGAUCAUCACUGCACGGAUUUCCUGUUUUUUAUAUACGAAAAACCGUACGUGUGCGAGUAUAAGGUAUCUGCCCCAGCCACGUCACCAGCAACUACAACAAGUACAACAUCUGCCCCAGCCACGUCACCAGCAACUACAAGUACAACAUCUGCCCCAGCCACGUCACCAGCAACUACAACAAGUACAACAUCUGCCCGUUCCUCGUCACCUGCAACUACGAGUACAGCAUUUGUACCUAGCUCGUCCCCUGAAACCACGACGAUCACAAAGUCUACCCCGAGCUCCUCAACUCAGAGUAGCCAGGAGACGACUGUAUGCCCUCCCUUCAACUGUCACCUGGACUGUGGUUUGGAUGGCUACGCUCUCGACCCAGACACAGGCUGCUUUGUUUGUGAUUGCUCUGCCUAUUGACGUAAAACAUGAAACUGAUGUAACACUGUUGCUAACAAUGAGCAGUCAGUCCAAAAAAAAAGAGUUUUUCUAAGUAUUCCUAAAAGUUGUCAUUUAGACUAAUUGCUUAAGGACUGUGAAGAAAAAAAUCACGUUUUAAUUUUAAGAACUGUCCGUUUUCCUCUUUAAUCAUGAGACCAUGUACAUAAUAUAAUAGAGGCAGAUUUCUCUGCACUGCCCAUUUCCUACACUAGUUCAUAAUUUUUUUGACACUUUCUACAAAAUUUUGCACGACUUCCCCUCCCUGCCAAUGCGAUAUUGUCUGCGCAUGAUUGAAUAAGAGGGGUACUCUUCCACAACGUCUCAUUCUUCGUUUUGCGAUUGCUCUGACGAGGUUACAUUGUAAAAAGGGUAGAAACAUGUAUUGGCAUAAAUAAGAAGAAAGUAAAAUAUAAAACACACAGGCUAAAGAAGAAAUCUAAACUUGCCCAAAUUUGUACUGUAUGUAAACGGUUAAAGAGUAUGUGAUACAAGUGUUACAAUAAUACGAAUAGUAGUACUUUAUCCUUGUCACCUUUUUUCUUUUCCUUAUCGAUGUAUGGCACUCAUAAUAAAAACUCCUGCAUUCUUUAUGUGUAUAA